AUGUCCAUUACUUUGUUUGUUGACUUUAUUUAUUUUAUUUUUCGUUUCCUCUCAACACACCACUGUAACCUUUCUUUCACGUGGGGUCGGCGCGACGAUCUCCGCUUUGACACGGCUCCCGUUCUCUCUUCACAGGCGCGCGGAAGGAUAGAGGCCGAGUUUAAACAAAAACCUCUUUUAUUAAUAUCAUGA